CCCGGGAGUAGCAGCCCGCCGCCUCUGCGUUGUGCGCAGGCGCUGCUGAGUCGAGGGCCAGGGACCGGGUGCCGAGCUGGUGAGAAGGGGACGGAGGUCCCAGGCUUAAAAACAAAAACAAAAACAGAAACCUCUACUUGCUGGGCUAGUUUCAGAAUGUCAAGUACUGUGUCUUGGGUCUUUCAUUCUGCCAGGAACCGAAUUGCCACUUUACAAGGGGGCAGACGCUUAUAUUCAAGGAGUGUCACAAAUGGGAAUCAAUUGAAAUGGAGACUCCUUUGCCAGGCAACUCCUUCUCUGAAAAGCAGAUCCCUUUGUAAUAGCUUCCCUCUACAAAAAGCCUACCGGCACACAUCAACAGAGGAAGAGGAUUUCCACCUGCAGCUCAGUCCCGAGCAGGUAAAUGAAGUGCUUCGAGCUGGUGAGUCAGCCCACAAGAUUGAUUUGGUCAGUGGAGUCCCAAAUUCCGUGCUGCAUUUUGAGAGCAACCAGCUGGCUGCCAAUUCCCCAGUGGAGGACCGGCAAGGUGUUGCUUCCUGUCUGCAGACCAAUGGGCUCAUGUUCGGCAUCUUUGAUGGACACGGUGGUCAUGCGUGUGCUCAAGCAGUGAGUGAGAGACUCUUUUACUACAUGGCAGUGUCCCUGAUGUCCCACCAGACGUUGGAGCAGAUGGAGGAAGCGAUGGAGAAUAUGAAACCCCUGCUGCCAAUCCUGCAGUGGCUCAAGCACCCAGGGGACAGUAUCUACAAGGAUGUCACAUCAGUGCAUCUGGACCACCUCCGUGUCUAUUGGCAGGAACUGCUUGACCUGCACAUGGAGAUGGGGCUGAGCAUUGAGGAAGCGCUGAUGCACUCCUUCCAGAGACUGGAUUCUGACAUCUCCCUGGAAGUUCAGGCCCCACUGGAAGAUGAUGUGGCAAAGAACCUGUUACUCCAAGUGGCUUUCUCUGGGGCAACAGCUUGCAUGGCCCAUAUCAAUGGAGUUCACUUGCAUGUGGCAAAUGCUGGUGACUGCCGGGCCAUCCUUGGCGUCCAAGAAGACAAUGGCAGAUGGACUUGUUUACCGCUCACUCGUGACCACAAUGCCUGGAAUCAGGCCGAACUGUCCCGACUUAAGAGGGAACACCCUGAGUCAGAGGACAGGACACUUAUCAUGGAUGACAGACUACUGGGUGUCCUCAUACCCUGCAGGGCCUUUGGCGAUGUGCAGCUGAAGUGGAGUAAAGAACUACAACGCAGUGUCUUAGAGAGGGGCUUUGACACAGAGGCCCUCAACAUCUACCAGUUCACCCCACCCUACUAUUAUACUCCACCCUACCUGACUGCCAAGCCUGAGGUUACAUACCACAGGCUGAGGCCUCAGGAUAAGUUCCUCGUGCUGGCUUCAGAUGGCCUAUGGGACAUGCUGGGCAACGAGGACGUGCUGAGACUUGUGGCGGGGCACCUAUCCAAGGCGGAUCACCACAAGCCAGACCUGGCCCAGAGACCCACCAACCUAGGGCUCAUGCAGAGUCUGCUGCUGCAAAGAAAAGCCAGUGGGCUCCACACGGCUGACCAGAAUGCAGCUACACAUCUGAUCAGACAUGCCAUUGGGAGCAACGAGUAUGGGGAGAUGGAGCCCGAGCGGCUGGCUGCAAUGCUGACGUUGCCAGAAGACCUAGCCAGGAUGUACAGGGAUGAUAUCACUGUCACUGUGGUCUAUUUUAACUCAGACUCAAUUGAUGCCUAUUAUAAGGGGGGUUAAGAGUCUCCUGUUCUAUUGCCAAGGCUAAGGCUCAUUAAAAUAUUUUCACGUGCUCUUAAAUGAGCUAUUCAGACCUUUACUGUUCAACAAACACUCAGAUGUACCUUGUUGAAUAAUUGACUAACAUGAGAAGGAAAAAAGAGUCAGCCUAGACUUAAAAACAUUAGCAAUGAUUUUAUGUCCCUGCUGGUGCCAGUCAGAGCGUCUAUGCAGAGAGAACAGAGAAUAAAGACCAUAGAAUUGGCUUGUACACAGUACUUAGAUAUUUUUAAACUAUGUUAUCCUGAGUGUUCAAAGGACAACAUUUAAUCAUGAUUCUGAAAAUAAAGAAUCCGAGAAUCUUCUGAGAUCUAAUGGUAAAAUCUUCAGGCUUGGUAAUUCUGACUUCAGUCAUAUAUUUUUAGGUUAUGAAGUUUUUUGUUUUUUGUUUCAUUUUGUUUUUUUUAAUCAUUAAAGCCUAGAUUUACAAAGUGCACUACAGGACACUUUUCUAUGCAAUAUUUUAACAUUUUAAAAAUGAUUAUUCUUAUGAUGAUAUUCUGUAAUACUUCAUUCUAGUUCUGUUUUAGUUUAUUUUAAAACAGCAUCUUCAAACCAAGUAGGCCUACUGUAAGCACAUUAGAGACUGUUUGUUUUGUUCUGUAGCUGACAGAGAGGGUCUAGACCUCUGGCCUAGCCUAAUUAACUUAUGCAGCAAUUAGUCUCACUAUGGAGUCCCAGCCCUGAACCUUUGAGCCAUACUAGGGGGUAAUUUCUGUCAAGUCCUAAACUUCUGUCUUUUAUUAGUGUGACACCUGCUCCUUAACUUAGCCUCAUAGUAGUUAGACCUUCUGGUUAUGUAUUUCAAACAUUUAUGUUAAUUCCAUCUGACAUACUCCUUCGGCGUAGCCUGAUUUCAUCCUGUGUUUGAUAGGAAGAGUUUUUUCACCUGUUCCCUUUUCAAACGGCUGCAGGAAAGAACACAAUGCAGUCACAUGGUAAUUAUGUCUGACAUUUAAGGCAAGAUGAGUUUAUGUAGAGGUUUGGGUACUUGGGAUUGGGGCCUGAAUCUAGAGAGGUGAAAAUAGGAAGGGCCUAAGGAGCAGCCAAGGCUGUCUGUCUGCUUCCUGUGAGGCAGUGGGGAGAAGGGAGGAGGGACGCUUAUCAGAUGGGACACCUGCCCCUGACGGUUAUAAAUCACCAUUACGAAUCCUCAGGAAUUAGACCAUAUUUAGUAUAGGAGUUGAGCAAAAUAAAAACCUUGUGGUUUCCAUGGGCAGCAGAGUUCUUUUGUAUUUACUUAGAAAUUAACCCACAUGGAUCCUUUUUGGGAGAUAAAUUUCCUCUUCUGGUGGGUGGCUGUAGCAUUUAAAUAACGGAAAUGUGUAUCUAAAUGGAAACACAAAUAUUAUUUUUAAAGUAUUAAUUCACAAAACCCGCAUCAGAACUCUUCAGUGUGGUCCAACUACGUUAGUUGAUCCCUUGCCUUCUCUAGCCCCCUCAUGGAAAAGAAAAGCAAAUAACUAGGGUUAACAUCCUCAUUUUUGUCUGUGUCUCAGCUAACAUUCUGCCAAGAUUUGGACUAUGUCUGUCUUGGGGACAUGUCUCUGUACAUAUAUAUAUUUUUUUGUAACUGUAUUUUUUUUUUGUCUUUUUUGGUA